UAGGUACGCCAUGUCUUUCUCGACCGGUCAAAAGUUCGAUGGGAACAAAUCUCUCCGCUCUGGACAAUCAACACAACAAAUGCAACGUGCGGUCGGUUGAUCAACUGAGACUUACGUUGUGCUUAUUCUUAACCAGCAUUUGAUUCCGCUGAGUGGAAAAGACUUACCUUCAUCGAGACAUCAAGAGAUACAAAAUGUGUGAGGCACCAACAUGGGACUGUGACAGAGUUGGCCGUUGGCUGGAGGAAAACAAUUUCCAAGCUUACAGACAGUUGUUCUGCACAGACCAUAAAAUAGAUGGCAAAAGUUUGUUAAUGUUGACAGAGUCAGAUCUGCGCCACCCACCGCUACAGAUUCAAGUUCUAGGGGAUAUCAAAAGACUGAUGAUAUGCUUACACAAACUCCAGCAGCUCAAUGCAAAUUUCCUCAAGGAUGUAGGAUUCACAGGUUUUACUAACGGAUCCGUAAAAUCAUCCUCUGAUAAAGUAAAGCACCGACCACUUCAGAAUCCCAAGCGGGCAGUAAGCAGACUGGACAGCGUCGGGUCGCUGACUGAGAGCGACUCUCAUCAUGAGGAUGUGGAUGUAGACAUCCAUGAGGUACAGCUAGUGAACAGCACUGCAGGAAGGCCCUCCAGAGAUCUGGACCCUGAGCUGUGGAAGACAUUCCUGAGUUUUGUUUACGUGUUUACAGUGUUCCUCAUCACUGCCUUUGUGAUGGUCGUUGUUCAUGACCGUGUCCCUGACAUGCAGAAAUACCCUCCCUUACCCGAUCUCUUCCUGGACAACAUGCCUCUAGUACCCUGGGCCUUUCAGAUGUGUGAGCUGAUUGGUGUGGUAUUAUCUGGCAUAUGUUUUGGCAUCCUGUUUUUUCACAAACACAGGUUCAUCCUGAUGCGCCGCCUGUUUUCCAUACUAGGCACGGUGUUUCUGCUGAGGAGUAUCACCAUGCUGUUGACCUCCCUCUCUGUACCUGGUGUUCAUCUACAGUGUGCAGGAAAGGUGUAUGGUGAUAUAUGGUCUAAGAUAGAGCGCACCCUUGUGAUCUGGAAGGGUUUUGGCAUGUCUCUGCAGGGGGUCAGGUCUUGUGGAGAUUACAUGUUCAGUGGUCACACUUCCAUGAUCACGCUCAUGAACUUCUUCAUCACAGAGUAUACCCCCAGGGGUAGGAUGUACUACCUGCAUACCCUAUCCUGGGUGCUCAACCUGUUUGGGAUUUUCUUUGUGCUCUCGGCUCACGAGCACUACUCCAUCGAUGUCUUCAUUGCCUUCUACAUCACAACACGCCUCUUCCUGUACUACCACACACUGGCCAACAACAGAGCUCUAAUGCAGAGGGAUCGCAAAAGAACGAGAAUCUAUUUUCCACUGUUUGCGUUCUUUGAGUCGAAGUGCGAUGGUGUUGUUCCUAAUGAGUACGAGUGGCCACUAAAAAUUCCAAGAAGUUUGAAAAUGCGGCUUUAUGCGAAGACUUGGAAGAAGUCUUCUUGAGAAAUAAAGAUAAUUACAGCAUUUCAUACAAGAUAUUGGUUUAAUGGUCAAGAUACCUGAAGAUAGACCAUGUGACUGAUAUUUAAAUUUUGUAUUUUUUGAGAUAAAGUGAUCAAGUUGUUUACAGAUUUUGUUAUUCUUUGGAUAAAAGUUUGAGUAUGUGUUCAUUUUUUUCAUAAAGUUUAAUUCAUUAUGCCUACCCAGUGGAUGUGUUAAGAAUGCAUACACUGUUUACAUGGCUGGAGUAUGCACAUGACGCUGUCUAGGUAACUGAGGGUAAUGUUCUCACCGUGAUAAGGCCAGUUGCUUUGGAAAUCAAGGAGAUGUUGUUAUUUAUGUCCUAUCAUUGAAUCUUUGUUGGAUGAUUCACUAAAAUAUGUAUUGUUAGCUCUACACCAAAAUUGUCCUUGUAAGUGUUUCAGAGGGAUGAAGUUAAUGGCUUUAAGAUUAUGAAAAUCUGGUAUACAAAGUUAUAGGUUGCCAGUUGUUUCUAUGAUAUGUGACACUGUGCGAGUGGGUAGUGUUGUAAAUUUAUACAUUUAAGAACAGAUUUGGUAGAAGGUUCUGAAUGUUGGUAUCAAAAACUGAGAUUGGGAUGUGACCAUGGACUGCUUACUUUACUGCUGGUAAUGUUGCUUUUAGAAUUGUCUUGGUCGUUGCAUUUUGUUACUUCUGUAAGUACUGAUGAACAAUCUGAAAUAAAUCAUUGUUAAUAUUUUUUUUGCGAUAGCUUCUAUGGAAAUGUACAUGUCUCGUCCCACUUCUUAUUCCAACGAUGUGAUGACGCAAGAAGCUGGGCCAAUUGAAAAAGGGACCGUAGCCAUAUCUUAGUAAUACAGAACUUCAGAAUUGGAUUGUUGUAAGGAGGUAGCCAUUUGCUUAGCCCAUCAUACAUUGACCUAAACAUACGUGUAUAAUGAUUUACCAGUCACGAUUUUAGACAUUCACAUGAUAUUUAUUGGGGCCUUCGUAGCUGAGUGGUUAGCGUGUUGUCGCAGCAUAAUGACUUAAGAGUUCAAGUUCAGCUCAUGCUGGUGUUCCCUCUGGUUGUAUGUGGGAAGUUCUUCCAGCAAUCUGCUGAUAUUUGUGGGUUCCCACGCCUGGUUUCUUUCCGCAAUAAUGCUGGUGUCUUCUUGAGCAUGGCAUAAUCACUAAUCCGAUCAAAAUGUAAAUUUUAGUUGUGUAGAAGAGGUGCAAAGGUUUAUUAUUAAUUAAUAGUUGUGACAUGGAAAACUUUUAGUAUAUUCCACAUUCUUAUAGUAUUUGUAACUAUGUUGCAGCCGUUGAUCUCCAUAGAACUUCUAGUCUGAACUACUGUAAAUUUUAAAGCACUUUUUUUCAGUGGAAUUUUUGCAUAAAAUCAUUUCAAAAAUAAUGCUAAAAAUGAUGGGUUUGUGCCAUUAAAGAUACAAGCUUCAUCAAACUGUUUAAAUUAUCUCUCUACACCCCGUAGUUCUCUAAGUAUGUUUCAAAAGAUUGGUUGCAGAGGUGGUUGAAACGGUUGAAUUAGGGUACGUGGUUUGUACAUGUAUUUCAAUAAUUUGGUGUAAAUAUUUAUUUAGUAUACAUAGAUAUAUGUAACUACAUUUGGCAGGUGAUCUGUAAUGAUUCCAUUUUUGGGUACAUCUUGAUAAGGGCACUGUGUAUGCAUAUAUACAUUGUCUUUAAUUGUUGUAUGAAAAUUUCUGUACAGAUACCAUGUUUGCUUUUUGCUGGUUGAUACCUGACUUUUGUACACAAGCAGUUGCACAUAUAAUGGAACUGGGAUAAGUCGCCUUAAUUAAAGGGAUGAUACUUGGUGCUUUAUACCUGUAAAUGUUCUGAGACCUGUUAUAUUAGGAUUUCAUUCAUAUGUCAAAUAGAAAUGAACAGCAUGGUUCACAAACCGUUGUAAAUCAACUUUUGGUAACUUUUCUCGUGAAUGAUGUCGCCUUAUCGUACUGUAACCUAGACAACGUGUUUUACAAACAGAGUUACAAAAAAUAAGACUCGUGAAGUUUUGUGAAAGUGGCCCCUGAUGCAGUGUGAAUCUUAGCCAGUGGUUGGAAAUGUCACCUUUGAAUUGCAUAGUGAGGAAAAAAACUGUAGCAUUGAAAUUUUAUGUUCUAUAAUCUGAACAGACUGAAAGUGCUGUACAAUUGCUUAAAA